AGGAGGAGGUUGCAACGUGAUUGGCUAGGCGGAGGCUGCUAGUCCGGCUUGUGUUGUUCCUUGGGUCUUCUUGUUUACACCUGGAGGACCGGAAACAAGUCCAGAGUGCCUCCAGCAGACUCGGCUGUACAGUCUGCGUUGAACAGGGCUAUCUGGCUGCACCUCGAUCUUGUCGGAGCGAGUAUUUUUUUUUAUAUUUCUUUUUGUUAUUUUAUUUUAACGAAUGCUUUUGUUUGUUUUGUUUUGUCUGCAACAUUUUCUGUUUCGCAUCAGUUUAACACUCAGUCGCGGUCAAACUUUUUAGUGACUUUCUUGAAGGUGUCUUUUGUGGCUGUCAGCCUAAUCGCACCUGAACACGAAAGCUGCUGGGAAUAUUGCCAUUUUGCAUUGAUAUCGCUUCUUUUUUUUUUGUCCAGGUUAUAUGCUGGAGGGAAAGCACGCCGUUACGUGUUUAUUGUAGCGGUUUAAGCGGAUACGUUUACUGUCACUUCAUGGUGGGAUUGGACUCUGUUUGAUAUUCUCCUACAACUCUUUUCUGGACAAGAGACACUCGGUGUGGCCAACCCACGCGUGUGCGCACCCUGGGACGCCUCGCAGCAGUCUAAGCGGAAAUGAUGCUCGCUUUUCGAAUGCGGCGUGGACAAGCUUACGGUCCGAUUGUGCUUUUGCUCCUGGUCGGGGGUUAUGUCGUGUGUGAUACCGAAAGCAGCGACUACAGUGAUGCCGAGGUUCUCCCGGACUCGUAUCCAUCAGCACCAGCAGAACCUCUCCCGGAAUUCCUGCUUGAACCGGAGGAUGCUUUUAUUGUGAAGAACCGGCCCGUUCAGCUCCGUUGCCGGGCGUCACCUGCCACACAGAUCUACUUUAAGUGCAACGGGGAGUGGGUCAAUCAAAAUGACCAUGUCACAAGAGAGAGCUUGGACCAGGUCACAGGGCUUGUGGUGAGGGAGGUGGACAUCUCGGUCUCGAGGACCCAAGUUGAGGAGCUGUUCGGGUUGGAGGACUACUGGUGUCAAUGUGUAGCCUGGAGCUCAGCCGGCACCACCAAGAGCAAUCGCGCCUACGUCCGCAUUGCAUACUUGAGGAAAAACUUUGAGCAAGAGCCACUGGGGCGAGAGGUGCGACUUGAGCAAGAAGUCCUUUUGCAAUGUCGCCCACCAGAAGGCAUGCCCACUGCUGAGGUGGACUGGCUGAAGAACGAAGACGUCAUUGACCCUUCGCAGGACUCCAACUUUCUGAUCACCAUCGAUCACAAUCUAAUAAUCAAGCAGGCCCGACUGUCAGACACGGCCAACUACACUUGCUUGGCUCGCAACGUGGUGGCCAAAAGACGUAGCAGCACAGCAACGCUCAUUGUUUUCGUGAGCGGCGGAUGGUCCUUAUGGACCGAAUGGUCCGAGUGUAACACAAAGUGUGGGCGGGGCUGGCAGCGACGAACACGUAGCUGCACCAACCCCGCUCCCCUCAAUGGAGGAGCCUUCUGUGAAGGCCCGCCCUUCCAGAGAGUGACCUGCACCACACUGUGUCCAGUGGAUGGAGGCUGGACAGAAUGGGCCAAGUGGUCUGCCUGUGGCACAGAGUGCACCCACUGGAGAAGCCGCGAAUGCCAAGCGCCUCCACCCAGGAAUGGAGGCAAGCACUGCAGCGGGAGCAUGAUGGAGAGCAAAAACUGUACUGAGGGUCUCUGUGCACGCAAUAAAAGGGUUUCUAUUGAACAUGCAAGUCAUCCGCUGGCGCCAGAGAUGGGUGUAGCAGUUUACGCUGGUCUGGUAGGGGCGCUACUGCUGUGCGUGAUCCUGGUGCUGUGCGUAGGCGUGCUGGCUUACCGCCGCAGAUGCAGCCACCUGCACGGAGACAUCACAGACUCUUCAUCUGCCCUCGCCGCUGCCUUUCACCCUGGCAACUACAAGCCUCCCAGACAAGAUAACCUCCACCCUCUGCAUCCGUCCGCUCCUCCCGACCUGACGGCCACAGCGGGAGCAUUCCGUGGGCCGCUCUAUUCCUUGCAGCAGGGUGUUAACGAAAGCCACCACAAAAUCCCCAUGACCACAUCCCCAUUGUUGGAUCCCCUGCCCAGUCUCAAAAUCAAGGUGUAUAAUUCCUCCACGCUAUCGUCGCUGGAGAUCCCCGCUGAUAUGUGCUCAGGAGACGGCGACAUCCUCAGCCUGAAGUCGGUGGGCACCGGCGGGAGGGAGCGACAGUUCCAUAGCCACACGCUGUCCAGGGAGCCCGGGUUGAGUACCAGCGCCACCUUGGGGCACCUGGGGGGGCGCCUCACCAUCCCGAACACAGGUGUGAGUUUGCUGGUCCCGCCUGGCACCAUCCCCCAGGGGAAGUUCUAUGAAAUGUACCUCAUUAUCAGCAAAUGGGACAAAACGACGUAA